AUGGCAUUGGCAAUUCCUCAAAUUGGCUUCGGAACCGGUACCACAUGGUACAAAUACGGUAGAGAAUCAGAAAUCGACCAGACUUUGGUUGACGCUUUGGUGUCCGCUUUGCAAGUUGGAAUCACCCAUCUCGACGGUGCCGAAUGUUAUGGUACAGCAUUGGAAACCAGGGAUGCCAUUAAGAAGGCCAACAUUCCAAGAGAGAAGUUGUGGAUUACUGAAAAAUACUAUGCUGGAGAUUCAAGUCACAAAAGUAAAUCCAAAGCUGCCAACCCACUAGCGGCUCUGAAGGAGAUUUUGAGGUUGGAAGAACUGGAAUAUGUUGACUUGUACUUGCUACAUUCUCCUUACAUAACAAAGGAAACCCACGGUUUUACCUUAGAAGAAGCCUGGGGUUACCUAGAAGAAGCACAAAGUCUUGGAUUGGCCAAAAAUAUCGGAGUCUCUAACUUCACAGUGGCUGACCUGGAGAAGAUCCUGAAAGUUGCCAAGGUCAAGCCUCAGGUGAAUCAGAUCGAAUACAAUGCCUUCUUGCAAGACCAGACUCCUGGAGUUGUGGAGUUUUCUCAGAAGAAUGGCAUCCUCAUUGAAGCUUACUCUCCUUUGGCUCCAUUGUACAAGGGCGAUAAGUCAAUUAAGGAAGUCAAGGAAUUUUUAGAUUACGUUUAUGAAUUGGGCAAGAAGUACGGUAAGUCUGAUACCCAAGUUCUGCUAAAGUGGGUUCUACAGAAGGGAAUAAUUCCAAUUACCACAAGCACCAAAACCGAACGAGUCAAGGAAUUUUUGAAGAUUGACGACUUCCAGUUGGAGCCUUCUGAGGUCGAAAAGAUUACUACUCUUGGUGCCAAAGCCCCAGUGGUCAGACAGUAUUGGGUUCCUGAAUACAGCAAGUUUGAUUAG